AUGCGCGCAGCUGCGGCCCCGCCCCCUCCGAGCGAGCGCUGCCCGUACAGUGCGCACGCGCGGCCCCGCCUCCGCGCCGCUCUCCCCCAACCGGCUCCCGGGAGAGGGGCGGGGCCUCGCGGCGUGCGCGUGUCCCCGGAGCCCGCCCCUCCCCACCGCCCCAGGCCGCGGGUGCGCGCGCACAUUCAGGCCGGCGGGCCGGAAGUGGCGCGGGAGGUGGGGUCCGUCCGCGCCCGCCGCCCCGGCGGAAACGCGAGCGCCGGGAGACGCGUUCCGCCCGGGGCGCAGCGGGGCGCAGGCGGCGGCGGCGGCGGCGGGAUGGAGGCCGGGUCCGAGGCCGCGGCCCCGAGCCGCCUCCCGGCGCUGGCGUCUUCGUGGGCCGCCACCCGCGGGUCCCUGGCCCGGAGCCUCCGCGUCAGCCGGGCGGGCGCGGCCUCGGCCGGGGAGCCGGACUGCGACGAGCUGCUGGCGCCGGCGGCCCCGGGCCAGGACGUGGUGGUGCUGCGCCGCGCCGAGGGGCAGCCCUGCUUCCUGGACGUGCGCUGCCCGCCCGGGGCCGGCGAGGAGCUGCUGGCCGUGGGCGUGCUGAGCUCGGCCCGCAACAUGGAGGUGUACCAGGCCCACGGGUACUGCGGCACCGCCCGGGGCCGGCCCGUGGGCGCCGCGCCCGCCUCCCUGCACAGUGAAAAUGAAAUCGUUUUCUACAAAAAAUAUUUAAAAUUGGAGCCCUCCACUAAUGCUUGUAAAAUAAAGCUGCUCUCGCUCGGGGAACAGCCCUGCGUGUGCAUCAGCACUGUUGGGGUACACCUGAGGCGGGUGGCCCCCGAGGCCUCCCCGGGCACCCCGCCUCUGAGCUCCACGACCGAACUGGAGCGUAUCCAGACCCUCGUGGCCACCAUGGGCUCCAAGCUGUCGCCCGGCGCGCAGCAGCUGAUGAGCGUGAUGAAGUUCCAGCAGCAGAACCAUCUGCCCCUCGGAGAGCAGCUGUGGGCUAUCCUGGGGAACGCGGCCCCCGACCAGCGUGCCCCUGACCCGCAGCCCGGCCCAGCCCCGGGCGCGGCCGAGAAGGUGUCCUGCACGCCGUUCCCCUUCAGAGCCGGGCUGGCCUCCGCGCACGCCGCCGAGGAGCCGCCUGUGUCCCCAGGCCCGGAGCCAGCCCUGCUGGAGGCCAGCCUGAGAAGGGCCGUGUCCACCCUCCCACCCAAGAAUGCCGGCGUCCACUGCAACGGCCCCGGCCCUGGCCCCGACCUGCUGCCCUUCCUGCAGGACCUGUGCAGCCAAGUCAGCCACCUGCGGGCGGGGCCCAAGGCCAAGUGGCAGGAGCCGCUGCCCGGGGCGCGGGACGGCCUCGCCGGGCUGAAGCCGGAGGAGCCGCCCGUGUGCGCGCAGCUGGAGAGGAUCCUGUGCCGGAACCUGGGCCUGCUGGAGAGACAGCUGCGCGCCCACAUCGACGAGCGGCUGCUGCGGCUGCAGGAGCACCUGGACGACAAGCUGGCCGCGCUGCUGGCCGCGCUGCAGAGCCCCGCCUGCCCGCCCGAGCCCGCCUCGCCUGCGCCCGCCUCGCCUGCGCCCGCCGCGCCGCUGCCCCGCUGGGACUCAGGGGAGAAGCUGUCCAACGGGGAGAGCUCGUACCCUGGUGUGCUGUGA